ACAAGGGCAGGCAGGAAAAAGGGAACCGUAGAAGAAGAACUCCACUCAAAUUGUUUACAUCAGGAGGAGGUGACAGAACGGAGCCUGUCCUGUCAGUAUGGCUCUAACUUUCAGUCUAUGACUUACUAUGACAUAUAACAUCAACUGACAGGGAGCCAUGGGCGCAUUCGCUUGUCUUUCUGUGCUGUGCUCGUUGUGGCUUUGUCCGCUAGUUUCCAGCGAACAGGUAGCAUUUGUAGAGGUGUUUCUGGAAGAGCAUCAGGAUGUUUUUCAGGGUGAGGUGGUCAAGGGGACUCUGGAGAACGAUCCCAUGGAAAACCACAGCAAAAAGAAACAUGAGCUUAAAGGAGACCUCAUAUUAAUAAAAGAUGAAGCUCUUGAAAGCAACGGUGAAAGCAGUGAUGGGAAGGAUCAGAACCCGUGGAUUGGAGUGGUUCCUGUCCAGAUGGAGGAAGGCACAGUUUCCAGCAACAGCAACCAGGAGUCAUUUGCUGCCUCUGUGGUCAAUAAGAUGAAGCGUGCUCUUGUUUUUGGUGCGUCUGCUUUGAUCAUACUGGCUUUAAACCAGAAUACCGUCAGAGAGAUGGAUCUCUCUCAGGUCCUCUCAAAGCCAAUCAUUGUCAUUCAGACAUCAGAAAAUGUCACUAAGCUCAUUGGAGCACUCCUCAGGGGCCUUCAUGCAACAGCCAAAAUCACUUAUAAGACUUUUCUACAGGAUAGCCUGGGGGCCACCUUGACCCUGUGGUCCAGCUGUGGCCGUUCAAGAGGAGGGUUGUACGGGGAAUGGCAGGGGGUCAUCUGCACUGGAGAGACCAACUCUCAGGUCCAGAAAUAUCUCCAGCAGCUUUGGAACACUGUCGUUCUGGUGGCCCUUGUCCUCUCCACAGGGGUCAUAGUUCAAGCACGCUGGCAGUACCAGGACAACCAGUUUAAUGAUGAUUUAGAGUCAAACAUGAAGCAAGACAUUUUAAAGAGAUUAUCUGCAAUGAAGACGAGGACAUACCGGCAGCCCAAAGUGAGGUGUGACCAAACACAAACUCAGCCGGUGGAGACGGACAGUUGUGCAGUUUGUCUGGAGCAAUACAACAACAACCAGUGUUUGAGGGUGUUACCAUGCCUCCAUGAGUUCCACAGAGAUUGUGUGGAUCCCUGGCUACUCCUCCAGCAGACAUGCCCUCUCUGCAAGCGUAGCGUUUUUGGUAAUUUUUAUUGAACUGGACCAGGAUGGAUUCUGGACUAGGAAAUAGUGGAAUUGGAUUGACUCUUCUGAUUCAGGCUUUUCAUGGCAACUAAAUCCCUCCUCUGUACUGUAAGGUCAGGAUUCCUCCAUGGUAAUGAUCUUUGACCUUUCCAAAGACUAUAUACCUUGAGUUCUUUCAAGAGACCCCAAGAGUCAGGACUAGUUCCUGAUCUUUGGUCGGACUACUUGAGAAGUUCCUUGAAGGUAGGUUCUUGUACACGGGAUCAGUUCUUUUGCGCACAGUUGAGUACUCAAGUUACAUUUGUUGAACCGACUCAGCAGUUUACAGAUACACAGAUUGUGAAGUCAUGUGCACAGCAAAA